AUGGUUGAUAGAAUUGACAUGGCAUUAGAUGAUAUUAUAAAAGCAAAUAAAAAAGGCAGAGGUGGAGGUGGAGCGGGUCGAAAGUUUGAUGUUAAAAGACCAGGUCGUGGUGGAGGAGGUGGAUUUCGAAACAAUCGCGCUGGUGGCGUUUUACGUGGCCGAAACCGUGGAGGAAUAUCAAAACCAACAAAUUACACAAGGGGUGAUGUUAACAGCACAUGGAAACAUGACAUGUUCAAUGAAUUCAGCGAUAGGAAGAUACAGAGAGGUACACCUCUGACGACUGGCCCUACAAAACUAUUAGUUUCCAACUUAGAUUUUGGGGUCUCAGACUCUGAUAUUCAAGAGUUAUUUUCAGAAUUUGGCAUGCUAAAGAGUGCUGCUGUACACUAUGAUAGAUCUGGUAGAUCAUUAGGUACUGCUGAUGUAGUAUUUGAAAGAAGAGCUGAUGCAUUAAAAGCUAUGAAACAGUAUAAUGGUGUUCCUCUUGAUGGACGUGCAAUGAAUAUACAGCUAGCAACAUCAGAAAUAAGUACAUUUAGGAACGAAGAUAGAAGUCGACUUGCAGGUGGAGGUGGCCCAAGGAGAAACAUAAAUAGAGGAGGCGGAGGUAAUAGGAAUCAAGGCAAUAGUCAGCGACAGCGUGGAAGUGGAAAACGCGGAGGUCGUGGUGGAGGUCCAGCUAGGGGCAAAAAACCAGUACCAACAGCUGAACAAUUAGAUGCAGAAUUAGAUGCUUAUGUUAAAGAAAUCAAGUGA